AUGAGCUCUGCCGGAGACGUGGAGCCUACCGCCGGCAGCGAGGAACAGACUCGCACGGCGGUGCAGGGGGGGCGCGAUGCGGAGCUUGCAAGUUUGAAACUGCAGGUUUCGCGAUUGGCGGCCCUGGUGGAGGAGUCGAUGAACAAGAAGGAGCCUGGCAGCGUCGUGGCGGAUGCAGCCAGUAGGGGCGGCGGGAUUGCUGGCCUGGAGGCCAAGAUCAACCCACGCAGCCGCUCGGCGGAGGCUGUGGAUUUCUCCAGCAGCGAGCGAGAGAUGGUGGACAAGGACCACAUCAGCUGCUGGAAGGCGGCUGGGCCAGCAGAUCGGGAGCAAAUCCUGUGGGACCAGCCGGAGUGGGCCCGGGUGAGAUACCCGCCUCGAAGGGCCAGCGGAGGGCGGACCAUGCUCUCCUCGCGAGCGACGGUAGCGGCGGAGGAGGAGCGCCGGGCCGCGGCAACAGCGGCCGCCGCAAGGGUGGCGGCGGCGGCGGCGGCGGCGGCAACCAGAAGGGGAGAGGGGGUAGCGCGAGGGCUGGUGGCGGUGGCGAAGGCGGCGACGACGGUGCGGGUGGCCGAUUGCACCGAGAGCAAGCCCGUGCGAUGUGAACAAUUCAAGGGCUGCGGGCACGACAAGAGCAAGUACCUGGCCGAGGAAGCGGUGCUGGUGGCGGAAGUGCCGGCGAGGGGGGCGCUUGCGGACGCCACAGCACUGGACGUGGCAGAAGCGGCGCUCGUGGUCGGUGACAUCUCAGGCGAGUGUACUCGUUGGUCGAGGGGGUGUAGAGCAGGCCAGGUAGGACCGAGGCCAGGUGACGAGGAGGGAGGGGAGUGGCCGGUGAGGGAGGCCAUCGGCAGCAUGAUGUGGGUGUCGACGCUCUCGCGUCCAGAGCAUGAUGUGGGUGUCGACUUUCUCGCGUCCAGAGGGCUGGCCGUGUACGUGGACGCCAACUAUGCCGACACGGAGGAUAAGCGUUCGGUGUCAGGGUUGGCGACGACGGUUGGAGGUACCGUUGUCAGCCAUGGUAGCAAGACACAGAGCAUCGUGCCUUCGUCUUCGACGGAAGCCGACUACAUUGCUGCCGGGGAGGGCGUCAAGGAGGCGUUGUUUGUGCGUGCUGUGCUUUCGUUUGCUGCCCCAGAGACCAGUGGUAGCAGCAUCUAG